GACGCAGUCUUUCUCUCUCUCUCUCUCUGGCAGGUAGAAUUGGUGGCCAGGUUUUUUCAUCUGCCACUCCUCUUAUGUUUUUGUGAAGAGACUAGAAGCCAAUGAGAGAGGCUGCCUGGGAGAGGAGGGAAGAUUGCAGCAAGAUCGUCUGAGAACUUGCAGAACUUUCCAGGACCUACCAGAACAAAAUGGAGGGGCUUCAGAAGGGUGGAGAAGACACGUGCAUCAAAGGUGGAGGAGAAGAGAGCUUAAAUGCAGGAUCAUUUUGGUUGAGGAUCAUCCUGGUGGGCAAAACAGGCAGCGGGAAGAGCACCACCGGGAACAGCGUCCUCUGCCAGCCAGUGUUUGAGUCCAGGCUGGCGGCCCAGUCGGUGACCAGGAAGUGUCAGGGGGCAACGGGCACGUGGGAUGGGAGGAGCGUCCUGGUGGUGGACACGCCCUCCAUCUUUGAGGCGAGGGCCCAGGACCAAGAGGCGUACGAGAACAUCGGGGACUGCUACCUGCUCUCAGCCCCGGGGCCUCACGUGCUGCUGCUGGUGACCCAGCUGGGGCGCUUCACAGAGCAGGACGUGGUGGCCGUGACCAGGGUGAAGGAGGUCUUUGGGGCGAGAGCCCUGAGACACACGGUCAUCCUCUUCACCCACAAGGAGGACUUAGGGGACGGAUCCUUGCAUGACUACGUAGCAAACACAGACAACGUCAGGCUGAGGGCCCUGGUCCGGGAGUGCGGGCACAGGUACUGUGCCUUCAGCAACCAGGCCUCCGGGGACGAGCAGAGGAAGCAGCUGGCCGAGCUGAUGGCCGUGGUCGAGGGGCUGGAGAGGGAGCUCCAGGGCGCCUACCUCAGCAACGACCUCUUCUUUGAUGCACAGCGGCUCCAGCAGGGCGGGGGCGAGCCCCAUGGAGAAGGUCACGUGCGCUACCUGGCCAAGGUGCGGUCGCAUAUUGCAAAGCAAAAGCAAGACCUGAGAGAGGCCCAGAGAAACCGCGCCUUCAAGGCGCUCCUGCGAGUCAAGCGCUGGGCCGCUGUGCACGAUGCUCUUUGUGUUUGUCUUGUCUGGGGCAGCGUACUUUUCCUUCUUAUUCUGCUGAUCAUCUGGUAUCAUCUUUAAUUCUCCUCCGUCUCAUCUGUUUGUCAGAGGCUUUUCUAAAGUAUCACCUCAAGGAUUCCUUGUUCAUUUCAGAAAUAAAUUCUGUUGGUCUGCAGAGGACAUGGUUUGUCAUCUCCGCGGCUCCCAUCUUCCUUGUAGGUUUCUGGCUUGGUUCAUGCCUCCACCAGUCCCUCGGUGAAGCCACGUGCCUCAGAGGAAGGUGACGAUGGCUCAGAUCGAGGGAUGCCUGGCUGGUCUAUAUACAAUCUCAUUUUCUUUGUAGUGAGCAGCUCAGGCAUAGGCCUGAGACCCAAUUCAGGCCAAUGGGAAGUGAGAAAAAGUCUGCAGAGCUGGGGCCAGGUUUCUGCUUGCCCAGGAAAGACCCCCAUAGAGAAACAGUCUCUUCCUCCUCUGAGCAUUGUUGGACCUGAGUGUAAUGCUUGGAAUGACAGCAGCCGUGUGGCUACCGACCUGAGGUUGAAGCCAAGCAGAAUGAUGGAGUCAGCCCGAGCCACUGACUCCACCACCUUGAAGCUUGCACCGUCUCUGGGUUUCCAGUAUG